AUGAUGAACUCUCCUACCAAACAGAUCACAGAGGGUUUCCAAAAACUACAUUUGAGCUCAUCAGAUGAAAUUAAUAUCAAUUUAAAUCAACAAAAAGUAUCAAGAAGUAAUUCAGAAACAUUGACUAGUGCUAAGAACCAUUUACAUAUUCCUAAAUUGAUUUUUAAUAAGGACUUUGCUAAUGAGAGCAAGGUUGGUGAACUGUCAGAGAAUAUGCAAUUGAAGAAUGGUGGUGAUGUUGGUGAUGAUGGUAGUUUGGUUUCUGAUGAUACCGUUGCAGGAAAGAAUGGUGAAAUUGGUUCUGAUGAUACAGUGAUACACAACGAGGACAAAGGUAAUGAUACAAUCCCAGAAUGGCUAGCUGUUAAACUUCAAAUAGAACAACAAAAGGGACAACAACCACAACAUUCAAGAGUAAAACCAAAAUUAAUUAAUAGAAAUGAUGAUUUUGCUUCACAUCAUAUUAAACCAAAAUUAGCAAAUAGUAUAAAUGAUUCAAUUGAUGAUAAUGAAACUUGGAAUGAAAUUAAAAAACAAUACAAUAUAAAUGAUAUAACUGAUCUUAUGGAUAAAUUAAGUGAUUUUGAUGAUGAUUUAAGUGAUGAAAAUAAUGAUAUAAGAUUAAAACCAAAUACAACAACAACAACAACCCACAAAGAUCUAAAUGAUACAAGUGUCUUCAGUUUCCAAGAUUUAAAUAAUCUGAGAGUUAUAUCUGAUGCUCAAUCUUCUUCAAAUGGUACUAAAAAAGUCACUUCAUUUAAAUCAAAUAAUUUUAUUGAUUCUCCAAUGUCUGAACCCAAAAUCAUAAAAUCAAUUAAAAAUUUAUCCAAGAAUGAUAAUAAACAACCUCUUUUAAAUAGUGAUAUCUUGGAGAGCUUAAAUCCACAAAAUGAUAAUAUUCAAUUACAUCUGAUAACUCCAAUUGACCAAAAUAUGAAAUUUGAUACUGAUUUAGGUAAAUGGAUUUAUCCAAAUGAUUCUAAAAAAUCAGGUUCAAUAAAAUAUGAUGAUAUACUGGAAAUUGAUGAUGAAGAAGAUGAAGAUAAAGAUGAAAAACAUACACAUAAACAUACACAAAAAAUUUCACAUAAAAAUCAAUUAUUACAAAAUACAUUUCAACCUGAUGAAUCAAUAAGAAAUUUAAAUUCAAAUUCAAAUAAUUCAUUAACAAUUGAUCCUAAUCAAGUUACAAAUAUUUCACAUUUAGAUAUAUCAUUUUCAGAAUCACAAAAAACACUUAUAAAAGCUUUAACAAGUUCUAUAAAACCAAAUUCUAAUUGGGAUUCAAUUGAAAAUGUUGAUCUUUCAAGAAGAAAUUUAAUAAGUGUUAAAUGUUUAAAUGAAUUUAUACCAAAUUUAAUUUCAAUUGAUUUAGAUUAUAAUAAUAUAACAACAAUUGAAGGAUUAUCAUCAAAUCUUACCAAAAUUUCCAUUUCACAUAAUAAAAUUUCAAAUAAUUUUUUAAAUUUUUCCAAGUUCCAAUAUUUACAUAAAUUAGAUAUAAGUUUUAAUAAGAUUGAUAAUAUGCAAGUUUUCACAAAUUUAAGAAAUUUAAGAAGUUUAAAUUUAUCAAAUAAUGAAAUUAAAGAAUUUAUUGAAUUAAGAUCCUUACAACAUUUAAAUUUAUCAAAAAAUAAAAUUAAAAAUUCAAUAGAUUUUACAAAAUUUGAAAAAAAUUCAUUUUUAGAUUUAGAAUCUUUAGAUUUAAGUUAUAAUGAAAUCCCUAAAAUAAUUUUAACAAAUUUACCCAAGCUAAGAUCAUUAAAAAUUAAUAAUAAUAAAGACUUUUUGAAAACUUUUGAAUUAAAUGAAUCAAUUCCAAAUUUGAAAAAAUUAAAUUUAAUAGGAAAUGCAAAUUUGAAAAAAAUUGUUUUUUUCAAUAAAAUUAUAAAUUUAAAAUCAUUAUCAUUUGAUGGUGGUUCUACAAUUAUUAAUGGAGAUUUACCUCAAAUUGAAGUGUUGAAAAUUGUAAAUGAUUUUAAAUUAGAAAAUUUCUUGAAAAGUAUUGAUAAUAAUAAUUCAUUAAGAUUAAAUAAACAUAUCUUAAAAUUAUCAAUCAAGAAUUGUGGAAUUGAUUCUAAUUUCUUAAAUUCAUUGAAAAUUAUAAAUUUAUUCCCACAUUUACAAAAAAUUAACUUGGAAAAUAAUAAUAUUAAAAUGACAAAUAUAAAUUUAAUUACAUUUUUGAAAAAAUUUAAAAAUUUAACUCAGGUUAAACUUGAUAAUAAUCCAAUUAUAAAUGAUUUAAAAGAUGAACAAGAUAAGAAAUUGUUUAAAUUAAUGAUCAAGAAAUUGCUUAGUGAGUUUUGA